UCAGUCAAACUUUAGCGACGAACAGGCGAUCGUCCUUGCUUUUAAUUGCAGUGCAAAGUGUUGUGAGCGGCCGAAAUGUGUAACAAAUUCACCGUGUUGUCCCUGGCCUACGUGGCUAUAUUUGUAAGCGUAGUGCAGUGUGAGGAAGAUACUACAAACUUUACGGAAAUUUUGAGCAAUGCCGAGGAGAGCGUGGGCCGCACAUUCGGACACAACGCGCUGAAGCGGCUCUCGUUCAUCUUCUUACCGGUGAUGUUCACACUUGGCGUGAUUUCCACGCUGCUGAUGGCGCUGGCCGUCAUCUCCGUCAAGAACUUGGCCAUUGGUGUCAUGCUGCUGAUCGUCUCCGUCAGCCAGGCCGUGUCCCGCUUGUUCCUGUCAGCGGCUCCGUCGCCGCUAGUGCACCUGCACCCGCGCGCCGAGCUCCUGCCCGCGCCCGUGGCGGCGCCCUGGCCCGCGCCCGGGCCCCUGCUCUCGCCCUGGGGCCGCUCCGACAACGGCGCUACCAUCUCCGACUAAACACUACCCUUCUCCCAUAAAUUAUAUUAAAACCUAAACACUAAUAACAGUUUCUUUUACCUUGACAGAGCGAGCCGCUUCAGUGGUCCCGUGGUGACAGGGAACCCAUUGCCCUACGUCCCCCGUUCCCCGCAAACCAUGGAAGCGCCACGCUUUUUAUCAAGCUAUUAGCUAGGUGCACGAAUGGUCUUAGGUACUCUCAUUUUGUAGGAUUUUCUAUAUUAAAUUUUGUGGAGGCAAAUUAGUACCAACAGCCGCCGUUAGCAUUAAUUGAUACCUAUGUCCAUAAGGUUACGUGUAUUUGUAACAAUCAGCGCCACUCCUACACGUUGACAAUAGUUAUGUUUUUGCAUAUAGAAACCAUCACAGCUGCAACACAUGUCACAGGUCAGUGUACGCCUGAAAACAAUGAAAAUUCUAUUGACGCGAUUUCGCACUUAAAACGAAAGGUUCUAACAUUUCAAAGCUUUGCCUGCGGGCCUAGUCCGCUUUUGUGAUAUAGCCUGUCGCAUCGGUGCGUCCUCGCACUUGCAGAAAGUGAAAGACGGGCCUACGCAAUAGGCCAUUUCACGAGACCAUGCUUGAAACUAGACAGAGAAUCAAAUUAAGUAUAAAUGGGUAGUGACAGGAAUCGAAUAACUGAAAACGCUCUACACAAACGCUACAGGCAAUAACAGAAAUAACUUAAUUAUCCUUCACAUAAAUUGAAUUAUUCAUUAAGAAUUGACUAAUAGACAACAGAAGAUAUUUUUUUAUCAACCAAUUAUUCUUAAUGAAAUAGGAAGGUAAAUAGAAACAUUUAUUAGGUACAAUCGAGUUCAUAAAUAAGUAUAUGUAGUUGUGUACACUUUUUCACUUUAUUGAAACGAGUUAAGAUGACGAAAUGUACACAUGUUUAUGAACUCGACUGUACCUAACUAUUCUACACAAGCACGUGGAUGUUUCCAUGUAAUGACGCUAUUUAAGAAGUCUUAAGGGGGGACUUGUUAUAUAAAAUUAUUAAAUAAACCUUUGCGUGCCUGAUUCUACACACACACGAUUACUUAAUUUGGUACUCAGUUAUGUAAUUCAAGUACGUAUACAAAUAUACAUACCUCAAUAGUUAUAAGCGCCACUUACCUUUUAAAACAUUUGCAUUUGUUAGAAUAGUAAUUUAUUUAUUUAUUUAUUUGCAUUUAGGCUUGGAAUAUUCUGACAAUAUUAUCGUCUGUCUCUCACGAACUCGCUUUGUGGCGCAUAGACGACGAAAGAAU